AUGCCGACAGAUCGCGAGCUGUUGACCAGUAGUAGUGGAGGCGUGGACAAGGGACUGGGCAACAAGUGGCUCCGAGCAUUUUGGUCCAAACAAAACAAGGAGGAUGAAGGGUCUUCCAGCAAGAGAGGGGGCGAUGCGAAUGCCAGCGAAGAAGACGACAGCGGCGAUGUAGAACAAAUUCGCGAAGAGCUCUCGAACGUGAUUGUGGAGGUUAUGCGCAGCAACAGCCGCGAUCAUCGAGACACUGAUCCGGAGUCGUCUGACGUCUCGCCUACCCUCCGAUUUUCCAAGCCUCUCCUUCCUAGCAACGCCCUUUGUGAACGCCAACCCACUGACGAGGCACCCGUCAAAUCAGAGUCCAUUGCAGAAGACCACAUUCGCGUCAAACCAAUCCGCGUUAUACCGAACUCGAGUGACCAAACGUCCAUCAAAUCAGAGUCAGUUGAACAAGCCAUCAUUGACCCAAACCUCACUCAACAAGCGCCGGGUGCACCACACCCUAGUGACGAAGCAUCUGUCAAGUCCGAAUCCGUUGAACCAGCCCUCGAUACACGGAACCUCAUUGAACAAGAAUCUAUCAAGUCAGAGUCCGUUGAACAAGCCCUCAAUCUUGUCGAACCACACUUCAUCAGACAAGGACCUCAUCGUAGUGAGACUACUGACGAAGAAUCCGUCAAAUCAGAGUCUGCCGUAGGAGACCUUAUCAUCGAAGACGAGCUCGUAGAAGAAGAAAGCUCUAGGGAAGAAGACUCUAGUGACGACCAGGAAGAUUCCAGUGAAGACGAAUCGACUGAGGAGGACGUCGGAUUACCGUCUUGGCUUGGACGGUCUCCUUCUAUCAACCUGUCAUCUCGGAUUGAACCACCUCCUCUUGAACCAUCCAUAUCACCCAAGUCCGAGCCAUCUUCUCCCGUUCAGCUGUUCCUGUCGCCUAGGACCAGACGGUCUAGACCAUAUCCGUCAUUCUCACCCAAGACUGAAUCGUCCUCUCCCGUGCCUAUGGAAACUGAGCCAUCCUUGAACACCGCUGCCAUGGUACCUCCUUCUGGUCUCUCUUAUGUGGAGCCAGCCUCUUCACCUCCUUUUUCCUUUACGGAAUACACAGUGCUAGGGGAUGAAUAUGAUGUCGAGAUUUAUACUAUUUGUCUUGAGGAAUACCUCGACGAAAUGGACGAUGAUCACGAAGCCUUAACAGCGACUUGGCUCGCAAAGGCUAGAGUCUACCAGCAUCCUACCUUAUUCCCACGAUCCAGGAACAAGUAUUCCACGAGAAACCGGGACAAGCCUAGGAAAGACCCAUUUGCAAACAUCAAACCCCAAAAGACUGGCCGCAAAAUCACAUUUACUGGAAAGGCUUUCUCACAGCUCAAGCCUAGAGGUGAAACAACCACUGCCUCCGCUCGUAUCUCAUCGUCGAAAGCAACCCUACCAUCGAAGUUGAUAUCGACUGAGGUUCCAAAUUACACCCACUACACCAAAAUUCGUGCCAAUGUACUAGGAACAAAUACUCGACAGUUGCAAGUCUGGCCAUACUUUGGGGAGGAUGUCGAUGACGAUGGAACCAUUCGUGAGAGGUUCGAUGUCAUCGUAGAGGACCGUCCACGUAAAGUUCUCAUCGCGCAGCAAGUCAGUACUUAUGGCCCUUACUUCGAAGCCUUUCUCGAAGAAGUUGAUUGUCCAAUGGAUACCAUUCUCAAAUACCUACUCGAGGCAUCAGAAGGGCCAGACGGGCUAAUAUCAAGAAUGGCAAGCUUUUCCAACGAUCACAAGCUAGCUAGAAAACUCGUACGCGCCAAGGACAAGUUUUGCAAAGAAGACUUUGAUCGAACAAGCCAAAGAUGGGUCUCGGUAGCAUCUAGCCUGCCAGAGAUUAAUGAUGAGAUACUGUGGAAAGCUGCUGUCGUUUGCCACGCCUUCUGGAUUCGGACCAACUUCAGCCCCUGGCAGAUUGCACGAAAAUAUGCCAAAUUCCCUAACCACAACAUGAUCGAAGGUCUUGUUACUUUCGAGAAGGCGAAGAAUUAUGCCAGCGUGGCCUGUACUAUCUGCCAACUUCAUGACUGCCCUUUUCACGGUACUAUUCGCGAGAGACCAGACGUCAAAGAGGAGAGCGACGAAGAAGAUGUGGACUCUGUCGACGCUCUCGACGUCGACUACCCACCACGCGUCAACUUCAAAGAGCAGGCCAUAGCCCCAUUUGAGCGGGAAAUAGAGUGCGACCCAGACCUCUGUGCAUCAUGCGAGGCGGACGUCAUUCUGGACCCAGUUAACAGGUACGAUAACGAUGACCUUCCUCGACGAUGCCGGAAUGUCGCCAUUCAGCGUAGUGUGCCGAAACGAACACUUCUAGGCCGGAGUGUUGUCCAUGGCUUUGGACUGUACUCUGGUGAAUUGAUUGCCAAAGAUGAAUUCGUUGGCGAAUAUCAAGGAGAGAUCAUUACCAGAGAUGAGACUGAAAGACGAGGAGCGAUCUACGACUUCCAGAAGUUGAGUUAUAUAUUCGACUUGAACAGAGGCAAGAAGCCCUAA